UUUCUUCCUCUUUUUCCAAGUUUCGACGUCGGAGGAGCGGGCUUUGAUCUCCUCCGUCUGAUUCCUUCGGGCGGAGAACAUACUGGGAACAGAGCGUUUUCCAAUGAACUUUAUCAGCGGAGCUCUGGCAGCGGCUGCUUGCUGCAGAAGGGAUGAAGCACGCAUGGUAAGUUAGCUGAAGUUGAGAGGAUUGAGUGGUAACUUGAUGGAUGCUUCGAUCAGGGCUGGGCGGAUUUUCAACGACGGAGGAUGGCUGGACGGAACUAGCUGGCAGAUAUUGACGGGAGAUGGGAAAAGAUAUAAUAUGUCCGAUUGACCACUCUCUUGAUCUCUGUCUCUUCUGCCAGCUGUGGAAUUGGUUGUCUGCGGGGAGAGAAGAGGGAGAAGGGAAGAGAGGUAAAAGAGAGAGACGGAGAAAGAGAGAGACGAAGAGACAGGCGAGACAGGCGAGGGUUGGUGGUUCUGGUUGCUGGUAGUUAGUUAGUGGUGUUUUCGUUAAUAAUCGCGACCACCGCAAUGAAUAAUCAGCACCCGAUAUAGGGGGCAGAGAUAAGCUAGCGUUCCGUCAACUCUCGUGCUCUGCAGCCCGUGGCCCCGACGGCGGCAAUCUUUGCGAGCUAGCUAGGCUUGCUUGCCCUCACGAUCACACCGCCGAGGUGGAAGCUCUCACCCCCCGAUUUCGCGAAUCACAGGCUGCAAACCAGCUAUGCCAACCAAACCUCCAAGGCCCAACGCCGAACUUUCCGAGCCGACUUUCUGCCCCGCCAUAUCAACAGCGAAAAUACUCUGAACAGAGUACGGAGUAUGUCUGUAGCUUAUUAUCUUCCCCAUCCCCCCAGAUGUCGGCAUCUUGUUGGAGCUAAUACUAAUGCACGUGUCUACGGCACUGAUUCUAUCCGGUGGUGCCAGCAUCAUCAAUGGCCUGAUCAAGUCGUCGUCUGUCGUCGUCGUCGUCACAAAAUUUGCUGGAAUUACUUCAUCAACCCUGGCAAUUCUCCUGGUACAAAGACUCCAUCCGGUGCCAUUCUCGCAAAAUAUUUACAUGCCUCUUCUUGAAGUUAUCAGCUUCAAAUCCUUGUUCCAUAGUCCGGGAGUGGUGCUAAAAAAAGUCAAUAAUGUAACUAAUCCCGCCACCGAUCCCCAUGUUCGUCUGGAUAGCUCCAACUGGCUGGAACACCAAUUACGCUCAGAGGGCUGCAUGGAUAAGUACUCCACUGCACGGCGCGCAGCGGGGAUGCCACAAAAUGCUCUUUUUUAACCCGCUGGUAUCCUUCAUGCGCUUAAAACUUCCAGUUGCAUCCCCGUUGCCCAUCCAAGCUUGCGUGAUCGCCAAGAAACGUCGAGCUUCUUUGGUAUUUCAUUGGGUAACUUUUCCAUAGGGCCAGAUGCAUACAUCCAUGGUUGCUGUAAUUAGAAGUCUUUCUACUAAACCAUCCAUGAUUAUCCCUAUUAUUAUUAUUAUUCCUUCUGGUAGAUGUAAAUAAACACGGCAUAAAAAGACCCUCCGGCUCGG